GCCUGAGAGCUCAUCACAGACAAAAUGGGACACAAAUGACAGACUGAGCGCACUGAGAGCGUAUCAUCGUUAUUUUCCCCGGUUUAGACACCACUCAGGAUCCACCGUGCAGAAGUGAGAUGAUGUGAUUGCUCCUACAGGGUGGACUUUUUUGAUUUCUCUUCCCUAAUAAUAGCACUCAUCGGAUCAUCCCGAUGGCCUUGUUGUGAUCUCCAGUCUAUAAUCUUGCUUCUGAAAUGCUGUUUUUGCAACAUUUGACCUGUCCUUUGGAGCUGUUGUCCAGAUUCGGAUUGUUCCCCUGUGGAAAAGAAGAGGUGAAUUUGACGUCUCGGGUGGCGAUGUAGUCUAAUCAUUCAGAUUAACUUGGAUACGUUGGAUUUUCUGGAUCUUAUACUCAAGAGAGUGCAUCAGCACCGAGGACAGUGCCGGUUGAGAAGGAUACAAACAGAUAGUUUACACUCCACACACACACUGGACUGGAAAUAAUCCAGGACAAAAUAUGCUGCAGUGUGCCGGCUGUGAGAAGCCUAUCGUGGAUAGGUUCCUGCUCAAAGUUUUGGACAGACCGUGGCACAUUAAAUGUGUCCAGUGCUGCGAAUGUAAAUGCACUUUGACGGAGAAGUGUUUCUCAAGAGAGGGGAGACUGUACUGUAAAAACGACUUCUUCAGGAAAUUUGGGACCAAGUGUGACGGCUGUGAUCAGGGCAUUUUACCUAGUGAUCUGGUCCGCAGGGCCAAGAGCAAAGUGUUCCACCUGAACUGUUUCACCUGUGUGAUGUGUAACAAACAGCUGUCCACCGGAGAGGAGCUCUACAUCCUGGACGAGUUCAAGUUCGUCUGUAAAGAGGACUAUCAGAACAACAAUGGAAAAGACACAAUACUACUCUCAGUCACGACGUGCAGCGACCCAAGUCUGUCCCCGGACUCACAGGACCCGCAGGAAGACGGGAAGGACUCGGAAACGGGACACUUGUCAGACAAAGACGCGUGUAACAACGAGAACGAAGAGCAGACCGGCGUCGGAAAACGACGCGGGCCUCGGACCACCAUCAAAGCCAAGCAGCUGGAGACCCUGAAGGCGGCGUUCACGGCCACGCCGAAACCCACCAGACACAUCCGGGAACAGCUGUCGAGGGAGACCGGCCUCAGCAUGAGAGUCAUCCAGGUCUGGUUCCAAAACCGGCGAUCCAAAGAGAGACGCAUGAAGCAGCUGAGCACACUGGGCGGGAGGAGGCAUGUGUUCUUCCGCGGCCCGAGGAGGAUGAGGGCGCUGGGAGAGAGGCUGGAGGCAGAGGAGCUGGGACAGUUUUCUUAUUAUGGAGAUUUUCCUGGGGAAUACUACGGCUCAGGAGGGAAUUACGAGUACUAUCAGGGCCCUCCCUCAUCCCAGGCUCAGACUCCAGCAGACCUGGGCUUCGUGCCCUCCUCCGUCCCUGCCGGCACCCCAUUAGGAGCCAUGGACCACCACCACCACCACCACCCGGGGCACCACUGUCCUCCAGAGGUGCAGUGUUUCUCUGACACAGUAUCUAUCCACCAUCCUGCAGACUCACCCAGUCCAGAGCCCAAUAUGCCAGGCUCCAUGCAUAGCAUCUCCAGUGAGAUGUGUGGCCCCGGCACACCUUUUACCUCUGUGUCCCUUAGUGACAAUGGAUACACCAACCAGCUGUCACAAACCUCCUCAGACAUGAGCGAAGGCACCGGGUGGUAGUCCUGAGGAAACCAAUAACAAGACACACUUUUAUUUUGAAGGCAAAUCAACACUUUGUUGGCAUUAUUUAUGCUCCCUGAUUUAUUUAUUCAUGUAUCUAUUUAUGUAUCUAUUUAUUUAUGUAUCUAUUUAUUUGCUUGCUUUCCUGUUAAGCUGUAUUUAAGUAUUUAUAAAUCUCUAUAUUUGUAUGCUGGUAUCAUUGUUUAAUAACUUGUCGAUCAAUAGAUUGUUUUAAACAGUACACAUUAAUUUGACUCAUUGAUACGUGGACAAUGCUGGGCCUCAGUGAUUAAGCAAUAAACAAACGUGUUUAAAGGCAGCAGAAAGUGUUUUUAUGUGUUAAUGAGACCACCUAUGACAAAUAUUUGACAUUAGUUUCUUUAAAAUGUUGAUAUAAAAGGUGCAUGAAGCAUUUCUUGUCCCCUUCAGUAUUUGAUACAUGCAGUAUCCACCAUUCAGGCACUCAUGUUAGAUUAUUAUAAUUGUCAUGUUCAAUGCAUUUGACCAAAAACCUCUCUCAGGACUGUCUAAACAUUGUUCCCUGUUUAUUUAUUCAUUGUUAUCUGAAUAAUGUGAUUAUUUCAACAUGUUUGCCUUCAAAAGGAAAUCUUUAUAAUGUGGAAAUUUUAUAUGUAACAGCAAACAAUUUGACUUCAAUGUGACACAAGUCAAGCAGUACAGUCAACUGUUUACUUAAAGCUCCAGUAUUCAGGGGUUUGGAUAUCAGUGUUGUAUAAAAAGCUCUUGAUUUAAAUGCAAACAAA